AUGUCUAAGAGGCGUCUGUUUAGCUGUGCUCAGUGCCCCGACUUAGGCAAAAGGUUUAAGCUGGAAAAUGACAAAUCUGCAGAGAGCCUGAAUGAACACUACCGCAACCAACACUGGGGAAUUUCUUCAUUUGUAUGUAGUGUGUGCAAUCUCCUCUUUGACCACAAAACCUCAUUGAUUAGACACAUGGUUUCAAGUCAUCAAGAUGAACCCGAAGUCAUGGAUGCUAGUUUUUGUGCUGGACCUAGUGCAUCAAGUGUAUGUGAUGAUGAUGAGAUAGGCAACGAUAAUGAAGAGAUGGGAAAUGCAUCGGCUAGUGACACUACAAGAUCAAUGGAUACGGAUGCGUGUAAUAAACCGCCAUCCAAGGGCUUGACUGAAGUUGCAGGGGAAAUUGUUAUGGAGCUCCGGUCCACUGCUCGUUUAACCAACGCAGCAAUUCAGAGAUUCCAAAAGGGGUAUGACAAACUUGUUACAGCACACAAUCAAAUUCUAUUUGAGAAGAUGUCGGCUGCUCUCAAAGCUAAAGGAAUGCUUGAAGAUGAUAUUAAUGAAGUGUGGACCAAAAUCAACGUCCCAGAAGAUCCAUUCAAAGAAUUAAAAACAGUUGAAAAUCAGUUAAAAUUUUAUGAAAAAAAGUAUGGUUUAGUGAUUCCAAAAGAAUACUUCCUGGACACAAGAGUUGAUAAUAGAUUAAACCCCAAGAUCAAUGAGUUUGUCCCAACCCAAGUUACUGAGUCCUUUCAAUAUGUGCACAUUAUUGAAACAAUGAAACUAAUCUUGUCAAAUAAGAGUAAACGUAAUGCCAUUUUUAAGGAUCUACUCAGUAAUGAUGGUGUCCUGAGAUCCUAUGUUGAUGGAUCAGAUUGCAAGGACCAUCCAUUUCUUCAGAGACACAGAAAUGUAUUACACAUCAUUCUUUUCUAUGAUGAUUUGGAAAUAGCUGCUCCUUUAGGUUCAAAGACUGUAAUUCACAAGCUUGGUGUAUUUUUUUUUCAAAUUUUGAAUGGAUCUGCACAUGCUAAGUCUAGGCUUUCCUCAAUUCAUCUACUGGCUCUUGCCUAUAGUCAAGAUCUCAAGAAGAAAGGGGCCUUUAAGAAAGUUUUAUUCCACUUUGUAGAAGAAAUGAAAAAACUUGGCUCUGAGGAGGGUGUGGAGAUCACUCUAGAUGGUGCUCCCUUCACUUUAAGAGCCAUUCUUGUUGCUGUAUGUGCUGACACACUUGCUGCCCACGAGCUUCUUGGUUUCCUCUCUUCUUCUGCUUUACAUUUUUGCAGAAUUUGUAUGAUAAACCGUGGAGAUUUUAGAGAAAAUGGCAAUGAGGAAGCGCCUUUGAGAACGAAACAUGAGCAUGACAAUCAAGUACGAGAAGUGAAAGAGGAUUACAGUCUCUCAACACAGUAUGGGGUUAAAGAUGAGUGUUGUCUCAAUGACUGUCCAUUUUUUCAUUGUGUCAAUGGAAGUGUUUUUGACGCAUUUCAUGACCUACUUGAGGGAGUUGUCCCGGCAAUUUUGAAAUACGUACUGAGAAAUUUUGUGAAAAUCAGAAAGUUGUUCAAUCUUAGGACUUUUAAUAGCGACAUUGCUGGAUUUUCUUAUGGUAUACCAGAUUCGAAAAAUAAGCCUAAAGAUAAUUUUGUUAUGAAAAUGAUAACCACUGGUAAACCACUGAGGCAAAGUGGGACCAACCUUUGGUGCUUAAUGAGAGUGUUCCCAUUUCUUGUUGGUCCUUACGUGCCUGAGGGUGAUGAGCAUAUGGAGCUUAUUUUCAUUACCCAAGACAUUAUGAAAAUUGUCUUUUCUUUUGAAAUUUCUGAAGCUGAUUUGGUUGAACUGGACAGUUUAAUUUUUAAACUGCUUGAUAAUUUCAAGAGGCUGUUUGUGCGUGAUCCAAAUGAAGCAAACACUGCACCCACUCAAAAUAGGGGGGAUGAAGAUGAGGAAGAAGAUGUAUUUUUGGAUGAUAGUGAAGAAAAUGAAGAAAAUGAAAAUGAAGACCUCGGCGUCAACGAACCUGAGCCUGCAGAACAAGAGAAACCUUUAAAUAUACACCUCUUCAACAAGCUUCAUCAUCUCAAACAUUAUGUUUACCUUAUGAAAAGAUUUGGUCCCAUUGUAAGGUUUUGGUGUGCCAAGUUUGAGGGAAGUUUAAAAAUAUUCAGGCAGUAUGCAGCUAUAUGCUGCAAUUUCAAGAAUCCUCCCAAGACCAUGGCUCAAAUGUUUCAACUCAGCCAUCUUUGGUCCAUCAUAUCUACAGCUGAAGAUGAUGAUGAUACAAUGAUGGAGUUUGGUUCGACCACAGAAAUGUCACUAGAGAAUGUUGAACAUCGAAACCUGCUUGAAGAGGCUGGCAUUACUCAAUUUUCUGUCACAAACAUGGCCAUGAUCAAUGGCGAAGAGUAUCGCCCUGGCCUGUUCUUAGCUUUUAAAGAACCUCAGGCAAGGGUUCCAGAAUUUGCCAUCAUAACAGAUAUUUAUGUUGUUGACAAAAGAACAGCAUACUUUGCACUCAAACCAUGGAAAAGUACCCUGAGUGGCAAGUAUAAUGCAUACAAAAUAUCUGCCGAUGAAACUUCUGCUCCUUUCUUAAGAAAUGUAUUGUCCCUGGAAAACUUCAGACCCAUCGCUUCUUGGAACCUUAAAUCAGGGGAUAUGUAUCUUGCCCCUCGAACCCAGAUUCUCUAA